AUGGCGACGGAAUACAAAGAAUGGAAAGAUAUGGAAGCCGUACUCCAUAAAGCGGGAAGCACAGCUCAGCUCGAUUGGUUUAAGGGCAUCACGUACGAAGAAUUUUUGAUACUACUUGACCCUCCAUACGAUCUCUCAAUGUCGUUUGAAGAACUAUUCGCACCAAGCAAAAAACGAAGAGACAGCAAAACCCCUCCCCGUCCUUUGAAUAGCUGGAUUAUAUUUAACAGAGAUUUUACUGUCAAGUACAAGAAUUCUGACGAUGCAGGCAAUAAGGAUGGCAGGCGUUUAGCAACGUCAGCUUCGAAAGCCUGGAAAGAAAAAUCACAAGAGCAAACCGAAUAUUUUAAUAUUCUUGCGAAAAUCGCGGAAAACCUACAUAACAUUCUGUAUCCUGAUUACAGAUAUGAUCCUUCAUGUAAAACGGAUAAUUCUUCUCGGAGGAAAAAACCCCGUACGAGCUCGACGCAGAGGCGUAAAUCAAAAGAAGAAACCGUGCGCGCUGAAACUGGCAUAGAAAACGCUGAUAAUAACGAACCCACAAACACUUAUGUAAAUAUGGACAAUAUAGAUCUUAAUCAAGAUAUAAAUGUUGCUAGCAUUGAGGGUGGUGACUGGAUCUCGCCCUUUUAUGACACGAUUCUUACUAGUGAUCUAGCAAACAAAGAUGAAAUCGAUGCUCUUUAUGACGACAUUACCAGCAGUCCAGAUAGUAACAUUUAUUUCACGCCACAAGAGUCUCCAACUAUUGAUCGGCCAGUAGAGUAUGAUGCGCAGCAGUCAUUUGAGGAGUAUUUAUCAUUGUUUACACGAGAAAGCUUUACCGGGGAAUUUACGGUUUUCAGCUGUGAACAGCCAUUUCGUAUUAUUUAA